AUGGAAAAUUUUAAUUUAAAAUCAAAAGUAAAUUUAAUUAUUGAUGAAAUUAACCAAAAAAUUUCAUUACAAAGUGAUAAACUUUUAGAACAAAUUGAAAAUAUUUGUUCUCAAAAACAAAAUUUGAUUGACUUUAAUCUUCAAAUCAUUCAUUUACAAGGUAUAAUAUUAUACUCUUAA